CUUGAUGAGAAACCCUAGCUCAUUAUGGUGAUAAUCCCUUUCUUCUAUCUCCUUAAAUAAAAUCUUAACCUGAUUAACCUCCCAAAGCCUUCAUAUAAGGAAAGAAAACCCUUGAAGAGAAUCAUUAUUUUCCAUGGCCUUAUCUAAUCCUCCUGGAGAGUAUGAUCAAGCCAAAGAAGCUAAGGAGUUUGAAGAUACAAUGAUAGGAGUCAAGGGCCUUCUUGACUCUGGCAUCUCAACCAUUCCAAGGUUCUUCAUACAACCAUCCAAGAUUCUUUCUACCAUCAGACCUAGUACUACCACCAUUGAGAUCCCGGUUAUUGAUCUUUCCGGCAUAGAUAAUAGUUUCUCCGGCGACUCACGAUCUAGAAUCAUCGAUGAAAUUCGAGAGGCGUCUCGUAGAAGAGGCAUAUUCUAUAUCAUCAACCAUGGUAUUCCAGAUUUUAUUCUUGACAAUAUGAUCAUGGCUGCAAAAUCAUUCCAUGAACAACCAGCUGACCUUAGGGCACAAUACUACCCCGGAAAGCUAGGAAGUAAUGCUGUAUUCAUGACCAUUUAUAACUUUAGGGUACCCACAGGAGCCACUUGGAGGGACUCACUUCAGGUGAAUUGGACACCAAAUCCACCUGAGCUUAACCAGAUUCCGGCAGUUUGUCGUGAAGAGAUGGUGGCAAUGGAUGGAUAUAUGAAGCAACUAGGGAAAACCCUAAUGGAGCUUAUUAGUGAAGGGUUAGGUGUAGCUCCUGAGAGGUUGAUGGAAUACAUGGAGGAUAGACUUAUGUUGACACAUUACUAUCCUUACUGUCCUCAACCUGACCUGACUUUGGGGACACGUCCUCAUACAGAUUCUACAGUUUUGACUGUGUUGCUGCAUAACCAGAAUGAUGAGUUUCAAGUGGAGUGUGAGCAGGGGUGGGUUCAUGUCAUGCCCUUACCAGGUGCACUCUUGGUUAAUAUUGGAGACUUCCUUCAGGUGCUUUCUAAUGAUGAGUUCAAGUCUGUUAGACACCGAGUGUUGGCCAACAGUUCUCAAGAGCCAGGGAUCACAGUUGCCUUCUUAUUUUUAUCAUCUAACACAUCGAAACUUUGCAGUCCAUUGCCAGAGUUAGUCUCACCAGAGAAACCACCUAUUUAUAGGAGUUUCAAAAUGCAUGAACACAAGCAGGCUCGCUACAAUAUCCAGCUGGAGGAUGAACCAAGAACAGCUUUAAGCUACUUCAAGCUCUGAGAUUUUUAGGGUUUGUAAGUAAUUAAUGUAGUAUAAAUAUGGGCAGUAGUUAAUCUCUGUUGACAUGGAUUUAUUAAACUAUUAUGGUUAAUGAUAUGGUUUGCUUCUUUACCCCAAA